AUGGCCACCUCUGGACGCCUCAGCUUCACCGUGCGCAGCCUCCUGGAUUUACCCGAGCAGGACGCACAGCACCUGCGGAGGCGGGAGCCGGACUUACGCGCUCCCGGGCCCGGCCCCUGCGCCACCUGGUUGGAAUCCGAGCGCAGCCACUACCCCUCCUCGGACGAGAGCAGCCCGGAGACCAGCCUUCCCGACUCGUCGCAGCGGCCGUGCACUCGGCCGGUGUCUCCCGGCUCAGACGCUGAAAAGAGGAAGAAGCGUCGGGUGCUGUUCUCCAAGGCGCAAACGCUGGAGUUGGAGCGACGCUUUCGGCAGCAGCGCUACCUGUCCGCGCCCGAGCGCGAGCAGCUGGCGCGCCUGCUUCGCCUCACGCCCACACAGGUCAAAAUCUGGUUCCAGAACCAUCGCUAUAAGCUGAAGCGCGCGCGUGCACCCGGCGCGCCGGGGGCGGUGGAGUCGCCUGACCUGGCAGCCGCUGCCGAGCUGCGCGCCGCCCCGGGCCUGCUGCGCCGCGUGGUGGUCCCCGUGCUGGUGCGCGACGGGCAGCCUUGCGGCAGCGGCGAUCUAAGCACGGCCUCCGCCCAGGACAAGAGCGGCGCGUCCCCGGCCGCCAGCUGCCCUCUGCCAGGCUAUGCCGCCUUCGGGCCUUGCUCGGCUCUCGGCCUCUUCCCCGCCUACCAGCACUUAGCGCCCCCAACCCUGGUCUCCUGGAACUGGUGA